AUGUCGCAGUCGCCAUCAUCGACUAGCGCCAUGGGAAUUGGGAAUGUGCUUAAUAUCAAAUCUGAGCCAGGGGUACAACAAGCUUCACAAGAGGUGACAACCGAACAACAACAGCUGCAGCAACAAGAGCAGCUGCAGCAACAGCCUCCGGUUCAGGCCGUUCAGCAACCCCAAGUUGAGCAGCAGACGUCACCGCAUGGCUCGGAGCAGUCGAGUGGUCCUAUGAACGCUUCCUACCCUUCACCCGCUGCCAUGGCCACAGCCCCCUUGCCACCCGUGCCCAGCGCCAAUAUGGCAUCAGCUCCGAUGCUUCACCCGGACCUGCCGCCCAAUUUGAUGUCUGGGAUCCCGCAGCCAAGCUACCAGCCGGCUCAACCAAGCUACCAGCCAGCUCAGCCAAGCUACCAGCCCGCUCAGCCAGGUUACCAGACAGCUGAGGUGCAUGCUCAAGCGGCGCAACCGCAGGCGCAGCCACAUCCACAGGCGCGUCCUCAACCGCCAGCAAAACAGUUUCCCUGCAGCACGUGCGGGAAGCCGUUUGCGAGACGGAGUGAUCUUGCACGCCAUGAGCGUAUCCACAGUGGGAUUCGUCCGCAUGUCUGCGACUUCCCUGGCUGCGGCAAGCAAUUCAUUCAAAGGUCCGCUCUGACGGUGCAUUCACGUGUGCAUACUGGUGAGAAGCCGCACCGGUGCGAGCGUUGUGGCAAGCCCUUCAGUGAUAGCAGCUCGUUGGCUCGGCACAGGCGGAUCCACUCGGGCAAGCGGCCGUAUAAAUGCCCCUAUGUCGACUGCCAAAAGACAUUCACUCGUCGGACGACACUUACUAGGCACCAGAACCACCAUACUGGCACAGUUGAGGAUUCCGCGCGCGCCCGUGCCGAGGCCCUUGCCCAGGGUGCGACUGCCGCCGCCGCCGCUGCUAAGAGCAAGUCGCGGUCCGAGAGCGAGCAAGCGUCAAACCAUGAGUCUCCACUUACCACUCCUUCUCCGGGACAACGCCCCAUUUCUAUGUCGCCGGGCGCAGAGUUGGCCAGCAUGAACAACAUCCAGUAUCUGACCAACUCGAUCCCACCGCACCUCCGUGGCGAUGUUCAAGUUGGCAGCGCCUCACCCACGGCAUCUUCGGGAUACAACAACGGCAUGCGCCCGACAUCCCAUCCGACCGCAUAUGCUCCUCCGCAGACCCUCGAACCUAGCAUUGAACAACCCCAGCAAGGUUCCGGCAGCGCUGCCGGUAGUCCCCAUAUCGGCAGUGUCGGAUGGGCCUCGCCCGGUCCUGUCGGGUCUCCCACGCAGAGCCCCAAUGGCAAUGGAUACGUGUACCCUGAUCCCGAGUCGUACCCAUCUGGUACCCCAAUUGCCCAGAUGUUCUACAACAGCACGCCGUCGUCUCGGCGCCAGGGCAGCACAGAGCCAGGCAAUCCCUCUUUUGAUGCUAAGGCCGGCAGAGAGCUCUGGACAAAUGCGCAGUAG